AUGUACAUCACCCUCUACUACAUAGUCACCCGGCUCCCUGAUUCCCUACGCUCGGUCAAGGACCACUUCCUCUCUGUUUGCCCCACCACACUCACCGUUGACCUCCUCGAGGAGCGCCUCCUGGCAGCUGAGAAGAGUAUAGUCGCUGUAGGAGCCUCUCGUGGUGACCCUCGUACCCCCUUCUUUGAGGGGUGCUCCCCCUCCCCACUUUUGCCCUAUGUUGCCUCUGCUGCUGCCGUCGACUUCGUUGGCACCAAGUCGCGGGGUGGGGGUGCUGGUCCCUGUGCCUACGUCCUGCGUACCGGCGACCGCACUGGUGAGCCGUGCGGCGGCCCGCACACCACCCAGCGCUGCUUCGGCCGCCUGACGAACGCUUGGCGUCUCCAGUUCCCUGACGCCACUGAGAUCCCCCGCUGGGGCGAGCUGCUUAGGUCGGGGGUUGCUAUCUUUGAUCUGGAUUAUGAUGCUAUUCUUGCUACCAUGUAUGUUGUGUCUACUAGUGAUGAGGGUGACUGUUACCUGUGUGUUCCGCCUGAGCCGGGCAUUGAGGCUGCUGCUCUAGGUGCUGGUGAGGCUGCUGCCCCAGGUGCUGGUGAGUCUCCUAUCUCAGGUCUCUACCUCCCCUCGUUCUCCACGAACUUGGUGAGUGGUGCUGAUCUACAGGAUGGGGGGGUUGACCAGUUCACUCCUGCGAGUCAGCGGGUGACCCACUAUACGUGUGCUCGGACGGGCCGACACUUGGCCACGUUUACCCGUCAGCCGGGGUCGAGCCUGUACACACUGACUACUGAGUCUCCUCCGGUUGCUAAGUCUGGUUAG